GUGGGCUUCUUCGCUGUUCGUCGUCUCGUUUCCAUCGCCGACGCGCGACGCAACAAGCUGCGACUGCGAACCUGCGCGGCCACGGGGGGUGAGGAGAGAGACGACCAUGGUGGCAGCGAUGGAGCUGGAGAUCCUAGGCAUGAACUUCGGGUGCGUCCUCGCGGCCCUGGCCGACACCAAGAUCCCCGACAAGGACUGCCUGCUCCCGCUCAUCUCCAAGCUGCUCGGCUACGCCAUCGUCGCCGCAUCCACCACCGUGAAGCUCCCCCAGAUACUGAAAAUUUUGAAGCAUGGAAGUGUUAGAGGGCUUAGUGUAGCAUCCUUUGAACUUGAGGUUGUCGGCUACACAAUUGCUUUGGCAUAUUGUAUUCAUAAAGGACUUCCCUUUUCAGCUUAUGGGGAGCUAGCUUUUCUGUUAAUCCAAGCAAUUAUCUUGGUUGCAAUCAUUUACUAUUACUCACCGCCAAUGGGAACCAAAACAUGGAUGAAAGCUUUAUUAUAUUGUGGAUUGGCUCCAACGGUUUUGGCUGGAAAAAUUGAUCCUGCUCUUUUUGAAGUCCUUUAUGCUUCACAGCAUGCUAUCUUCUUUUUUGCUAGAGUUCCACAGAUAUGGAAGAAUUUUACGAAUAAAGGCACCGGCGAGCUCAGCUUCCUUACCUGUUUCAUGAACUUUGCUGGUUCUAUUGUAAGAGUUUUUACCAGCAUCCAGGAGAAGACUCCCUUAAGUGUGAUCAUGGGCUCCGCAAUUGGCAUCGUCAUGAAUGGUACACUCUUGGGUCAGAUACUACUGUACCAGAAGCCCACACCGAAGAAACAGAAGAAAGAAGAUUAAACAACAUGCGAGAGACAGCAGAAAGUUCUUCCUCAUUGUUUAUGACUCUGUUCCAACACUCUACAUUUCCUCGUUGUUUAUGACUCCAACACUCCACAUGGCACCAGUAUAGUCAGAUUACAGUCUUGCUAUAUAUGGACUUGUUGCUUGUAGCACUUUAGUAGUGUACUAUUGACUUAUAUAGUUCAUACAAUUGUCUUUAGAUAAUGACUGCAAGCUGCUGCUGAUGGGUUUAUCUUUCUGUUGUGCCGUUCC